AUGAACCUCGAUCAAACGAGACUGAUGAAAUUCCUUCAAUACUCGAGGGAGAAUGCUCGCAAAAUGGAGAAUCUGUCAACAGCAAAGCAGCUCGAUUAUGUGUUGAACUCCAAAGAGGUUUUAAAAGAAAUGGCUGACUUGGUAGUUGACCAUGACGGGAAAAUGCUUCCACUUUCGUCUUUAAAAGACCCAAUACACGAGCUUUUGAAUAUUCUUCUAACGAAUGAACAACAACAGAAUCAUUCUCAGCCGCUUGAUUUAUACGACCCAUCGACUGAGAAUAACAUGAGAGAACUACAGCAGAUAAUGAUGCAGAAUCCACAGAAAAGGCAGCAUUUCUUUGAUUCCAUGACACAGAAUAUUGGUGCUUUACAAAAGGGUCGCUGUGUUCAGAAGCAUAGUUCCGGAGGAUCAGAGGAGUUGAUUAAGGAGAAUGAGAAGAGGACGAUCCCUACUGUUGCACCGAUAAAUCAGAUGGAGAAUCCUCGAGCGAAAGAUGAACAUUCAGAUAAAGAAACGCAAAAGAAGGAGAAGCAGAAAAAGAAUCAGCACCGAAGCGGUAAUCAGCCUUCUAAGUAUUCGGAUGCCAAGCCUUUCCCUCAAGACAAUAGUAAUGAUAAGUCUUCUUGUGAGUUUACUCUCGAGUAUGAUAAAAAUGGAGAACUUGUGAAUACGGGAUCGGGGGCUGAUGAUUUGCUAAAGCGAAAUAUCAAUAAUCAGAUUGUGAAAGCACUCGAGUCUUACAAGCUGAACGAAAACGCUGAGGUAGAUCUUGCCAAUGUUAUUGCCAAGACUAUAGAGAAAAACAAUGUAUUUAUCAAGGAGAUCCAAGAUCUUCAGGAUGCAAAUAAGCCGAAGCAGAUUGAGGAGGAAGAACUUGUUGAGGAUGACGAGAAUAACGUACAACCUACGGAUAGGGAUACUCCAAUCAUAUCGAAGUAUCCUUCUACCGGUAGUAAUGAUUACCCAUCCGAGGCUGCACCGUCCAAAAAUACAACCAAUGGGUCAAAGUCAUCAAAGAAAAAGAAGAAAAAGAAGAAGAAGAAAAAGGAGAAUCAUGCUAAUGACAAGAACCGGAGGAAGGGAGGGGAAGUAGAUGCAGAUUGGGUCUGUGAGUUUUGUGAAUACGAAAAGGUGUUUGGAGUGAAGCCUAUUUGCCUGAUGAAUUGGUUUGAUAGAAAAAUGGCCGACCAAGAGAAAAGAGAUAUGUAUCAGCGGCACCCAAGACGAAGGGAGAGUAGGAAUAGAGAAGAACAUACACAUUCUGGCAAAAGGAGCACAAAAACUGAUCAACAAUCUUUGCAGAUGGCUGCUUCAACACCUCCACCAUAA